CGCGGCGCGGGUCCGGGAGCGUGGGUGCGCUCGCUGCGGGCGCCGCGGCCGUGCGGGCGUCUGAGGUCCGGGCACUGCGGGGCUGCGGGCUCCGCGCCCCGGAAGGCGAGUGCCCUGGCCGGCCGCGAUCGUGGGGUUCCUGAGACUGAUGAGGGCCGGGAGAGCUGAGGGAUAGGGGAGAUGGUGACCCCUGGGCAGAAGCUACCAGCAAGGGCCCUGUGGCUGCUGGAGAGAAGUGAUGGUGACAUUUGAAACCCAGGGGGACAGCAGCCAGCACGUGUGCUUGACAGGUACCAAGAGCCAGGAUGCUGGGAUGAAGCUUCUGGAGGCGCUGGUGUUCCUCCUGCCCAGGUGCUAGGAGCCGCCCCCAGGCUCCAGCUGGGAGCCCUGCUGCCCAGGGGCAUGGCCAAACCUUUCUUCAGACUCCAGAAGUUUCUCCGAAGAACACAGUUCCUGCUGCUCUUCCUCACGGCUGCCUACCUGAUGACCGGCAGCCUGCUGCUCCUGCAGCGGGCCAGAGUGGCCCUCCCACAGGCCCUCCGGGCUCCUGGCAGCCUACAGGCCUUGCCAGUGGCCACUGUGGCGCUGGGUGUGGGCCUGCUGGAUGGCAGGAGCCUUCACGAUCCCCACAGCAGCCCUGACCUACUUCUUGAUGUGGAUGCCCUAAGGAGUCCCCUGGCCCGACUGCCACCUGGACUCCGCUGGCCCCGGAGGAACCGCAGCUCACUGCGGAGGCGCUGGCUACACCACCUCACCAGUGACCCCCAGGGACCACCCACCCCGGGCCCUGAGGCCCCUGGACCAGCAGUCCGCAGCCAGGGCAGUUACCUGGGAUGCUUCAGUGAGGAGAGCCAAGAGAGAACGCUGAAAGGGGCAGUGUUUUAUGACUUAAGAAAGAUGACCGUGGCCCACUGCCAGGAUGCCUGUGCUGAGCGGUCCUAUGUGUAUGCCGGCUUGGAGGCUGGUGCAGAGUGCUUCUGUGGGAACCGGCUACCAGUCACGCGUGUCAGCCUGAAGGAGUGCAACCAGGAGUGCAAGGGGGAGAAGGGCUCUGUGUGCGGUGCUGUUCACCGGCUGUCCGUGUACAGCGUGGGGCUGCAGCAGUCCGGCUCCAGGAAGCGGCGUGCUGCCACCUACCGAGGGUGCUUCCCGCUGCCGGAGAACACCACCCAUACCUUCUCCUCCUCCGUGACACAGGCCAACAUGACUGUGGAGACAUGCUCUGGAUUUUGUUCCCAGAAAGAGUUUCCUCUUGCCAUCCUCAGGGGCUGGGAUUGCUACUGCGCCUACCCAACCCCCCAGUUCAGCCUCCGGGAUGCUGUGGAUGGAGCAUUGUGCAGCCAGGCCCCAGAGGCUCAGGAGCUACCUGGCUACUGUGAGGUCUAUCAGACGCCUGUCCAAGACACCCGGUGCACAGACAGGAAGUUCCUGCCCAACAAGUCUAAGGUGUUCGUGGCUCUGUCAAGCUUCCCGGGAGCUGGGAACACGUGGGCGAGGCACCUGAUCGAACACGCCACUGGCUUCUACACUGGAAGCUACUACUUCGAUGGAACCCUCUACAACAAGGGGUUCAAGGGUGAGAAGGACCAUUGGAGGAGCCGGCGCACCAUCUGUGUGAAGACGCACGAGAGUGGCCGGAGGGAGAUUGAGAUGUUUGACUCUGCCAUCCUGCUGAUCCGGAACCCCUACCGGUCCCUAGUUGCUGAAUUCAACAGGAAAUGCGCCGGACACCUGGGCUAUGCCCCUGACCGCAACUGGAAGAGCAAAGAGUGGCCGGACUUCGUGAACAGCUACGCCUCAUGGUGGUCCUCACACGUCCUAGACUGGCUCAAGUAUGGGAAGCGGCUGCUGGUUGUGCACUAUGAGGAGCUGCGACGCAGCCUGGUGCCCACGCUGCGGGAGAUGGUGGCCUUCCUUAACGUGUCCGUGAGUGAGGAGCGGCUUCUCUGCGUGGAGAACAACAAAGAAGGCAGCUUCAGGCGGCGUGGCCGGCGCCCUCACGAUCAGGAACCCUUCACGCCUGAGAUGAAGGACUUGAUCAAUGGCUAUAUCAGGACAGUGGACCAGGCCUUGCGUGACCACAACUGGGCUGGGCUGCCCAGGGAAUAUGUGCCCAGAUGAUAGGCCCGCCUGGCUGUGAUAGGCCCACUCUGCUCCUGCCGGUUGGAGCUGCACUAACGGGCUGGACUCUGCUCUACUGCACUGAUCCAUGGACCCUGGGAUGCAUGGCAGCUGGUCCACAGUCAGCAGGGUGUUCUUGCGGGAGCUGCUUCAUGCGCAGGGGGUCCUGGGCAGCACAGAGCCCACCCCGAGAGAUGCGCAUCACAGGACAUGCCUUGCCAGACACUUACACAUCCUCAGACACACUUAGACGUCACCCCGAGUCAGGGCCCAUUUUACUGUGCUUAAGCCACUUGAGCAGGUGGGCCAGACACUCCCAGCUUUGCACACACAGCCAGGAUGGACGCGUACACACAGGCACCAGGCAUAUGCUUAUGGUUGUCUGCCUCACACAUACACAUGUGCACACACCCAAGGCUCUGGGAGGCCCUGGGCUUCCUGGGUCCCUCUGGGCACAAACUGGCUUUUGGGGCCCGUGGCUCUGGAACGCUGUGCCGGGCAGGCCUUGUUGACCUGAGCAGUACACUGGGAACUGUGGGGAUGGAGGCACACAGACGAACUGUGGCUGCUAAGUACUGUGUGACCCUGGCUGCUUGUCCGACAUCCCAUAAAUGUGUGUGCUGUGACAUCCUGGCACUGCAAACACUGUCUCUCUGCCUCUCUCUUCUCCCUGGAUGGGGACUGACAACACUGUGGCAGCGUGGAUCCCACCGCUGCCCCCACCCUCACACCUCCAGGCACACGUGUUAACUUCUAGCCACUACUGUUCAGCAUACCCAUUACCCUCUUUCAAUAACAACGUCAGGGCAGCUCAGAA